CCGACAUCUCGAUGUAAACAUUGCGAACAAAGGGCAGAUUGGGUACACCUGUCCUCUUAUUUGGCCUCAUUAUCCUAUUUACACAUGGCUCAGGUGAUUGAUUCCUCAUCCCGGGGAUGCUAAAGGCCAGAGGAAAGGCUAUGGUUUGGAAUGGCAAGAGGCAGGAGUGUCAAGAAACAAGAAGAAUCGCACACCCUGGCCUCUAGUGACAAAGGAUCAAAAUUAGCAAACGAGAUCAUUACGUCCGACACACAUUCUAUCAUCUCGUCAAAAAAGAUCCUUCAACAUAGUAAUUCCCAAGGAAACGAGACCGUUCAAGAUCCAGGAACAAGACGACAACCUUCAAAGAAGAGUGAAUCUUUAAAUAAUGGUUGCAAAUGGCCUUGUAACUCAUGUCGAUUCCUAAAUGUAGCCGCAACAGAUCAAUGUGUGAUAUGUACAAGAUGGAGACCACGCUUACCGAGACAGGCAUCACACCCAGUAACUGGAGUGCACCGGUGGUCAUUCCUUGGCACAACCGACCUUGCUCAAGCUGCUGCAAAAAAGAGAACUAAUGAGAAAGAAAAAUGGACAUGUCAGAAUUGCAAGUUUCUGAAUGUUUACCAUGCCAAUGAGUGCAUCAUAUGUGGUUGUGGUGCUGAGCAUGGUAGCAAGCUGUCCCUAGUGCCCCGGGAAAUUCUCAGUCCAGUUGCUGAUGAAAAUGGCCCCACUUCUCGGCAAGCACUAUCGAGGGUCUUCGCUGAGGCAAACAUGAGCUCAAACAGUCUAGUCUCCAAAGCGGUCAAGCUCAGUUGGAAGUGUAAACAGUGCCGGCACUAUAACUCGGCACACAGCUCAACAUGCUCAUCUUGCAUCAAGCUGAUCGGUAGUAGUGGCAGAAGUAACAACAGUGGUCUGACUGUAGGUUACAAUAGUUCAGUAGACAAUGCCAUCACUCCUGUAGAGGAAGUGGAGGGAUCAUUGAUGGUGGAAAAUAGUCUAUAUUUUCUUGGAAAUAAUGCUUCUGCAUUAACUUCGCCUGAUAAAGAAUGUAAUCGUUCGCCAAAACGGCAAAUUUCCUGCACUUAUGGACAUUUGCGAUCUAAGCUGAGUAAAUCAGAAGAUAAACCAUUGUAUGUGCCAAUAUCAUCAAGGGUUACUGAAAGAAUAAACUGUCCAAACUUUGAUAGUUUGGUUGUAGAACUUGAUGCAAAUAAAAAUUACAGUGUCCGCAGCAGCAAUGAUAAUGAGGAGGUAGAGACGUGGGUAUGUAAACGAUGCACACUUAAAAAUCCUAUCGACUUUGAAUAUUGUGAGGUGUGUGAUGCUCCACGAAAACCAAAUAUACCAACAACUUUGCCAAAGAAAAACAAAAACAUUCUCGGUGUUUCAGGUAAUGAUGUAGAAAAUGAUAAUUGUAAAACAGGUACUAGUCAAAAGCCAUGUGUCAAGACCUCUACAGGGAAAACUGCUCUUCGAAAAUCUGCAAGUGAUACAACAGAUCUGAAUAUUGCUGAAUCUCUUGCAAAGUUUGUUGCCAGUAGACUAUCAUCACCAUCAGAAGUAAAUAUGUCGGGCCCAGCCAAAGAUAUGGAGGAAUCUCAGCCAGAGAAUGCGAUGGCGGUGUCACCACCAAUGGUGGACCUCACGCGCGGUACCAGUCAGGAAGAAUAUACUUUAGCGGAGUCCGAUAUGUGGUCAUGUAGUUUUUGUUCUUUUGCAUAUAAUCCCUCAUGGUCAGAAACUUGUGACAUGUGCAGUAGUACUAAGGAACAAGAAAAAAAUCCAAAAACACGUGAAGUGUUGAAUCAAGAUCUGGAUGAGGACUUCCAGUUGCUCACAACAGAUCUUGCAGAAGAAGGUAACUCGCCAGACCAAAGCUGGACAUGUAUUAAGUGUACGUUAGUGAAUUCUGGUGUGGAAAAUGCAUGUAAGGUGUGUGGGGGGUCUAGACUAAAGAGCAUCUGUUACGUUGAUGAUGCUACAUUGAAGCGAGGAGAGUUCUGGACAUGUGUUGUGUGUACUUUAAAGAAUCCCAUUUUUGCCAGACGCUGCAAAGCAUGUAAAGCCAAAGUUGAUGGCACUGGUGGUACUAGAGACAAGCUCAGUUCAAAUAAUGAAUCCAAACCCAAGGAUUCAAGACCAAAGUCUGAACAUAUCAGCAGCCCAAGCUGGAGUAUUGGUGCCCAAAAGUCCCCAAGUCUUCAGAGGAUGAGUCUAAUGGAUACUUCAGCUGCUAAUGGGGGUAAGACAAUUCCCCUACCAGAUAAUCAAAAUGGCCCUCAGUGCAAUGACACAUCUUCUCGGGGAAAUGGAGCCAUACCUAAGUCAAACACUGUUGCAGGUUGCCAAAUUCCAUCACUUGCCCAGGCUACUAGGUCGCCUUCAUCCAUGCCAAGUUCUCCUGUGGCUCGACCAAAAGAAGUGCUCACUUCUUCUGCAUUGUCUACCUCCUCGUGGAACUGUAGUGCCUGUACCUUUAAUAACAGUGCCAGUGCUGUGUCGUGUGCUAUGUGUGGCUCUUCGCCAGCCUUAGGAGAUGUAGAGAUUAGUUGGCCAGGUGACCGAACUUAUAGGGGACACUCAGAGUUAAUGGAUGUACUUAGGGAAAUGGAAGUGCAAGAUGCCCUGAACAGGUGGACGAGGAUUGUUCAAUACUGCAAAGUGAAUCAACAUCCAUUCGUAGACGAUUCCUUUCCUCCUGUGCCAAAAUCGUUAUUCUACAGUUCAUCCGAAAAGUACGAGUCUCGUGUGACGCAGUGGCUGCGUCCUCAUGAAAUUGUCACCGAUUCAGAUAACCGUAAUGUCAAGUGGGCAGUUUUCAGAACACCUCUUCCAUCUGAUAUUUCACAAGGUGUCUUAGGCAACUGCUGGCUACUGAGUGCUUUGGCCGUCUUAGCUGAGAGAGAUGACCUUGUUAAGAAGAUCAUGGUCACUCGUGAUUUCUGCCCUGAGGGUGUCUAUCAAGUACGGCUGUGCAAGGCUGGGCGAUGGGUUACUGUUUUAGUGGAUGACCUCCUUCCUUGUGACAGGCACUGUCGCCUGGUGUAUUCCCAAGCCAAGCGAAGGCAGCUAUGGGUGCCUCUCAUUGAGAAAGCCGUAGCUAAAGUUCAUGGGUGUUAUGAGGCUUUGGUAUCUGGGCGUGCCAUAGAGGGACUGGCGACACUCACCGGAGCACCAUGUGAGAGCCUUCCAUUACAGUGUGAUGAGGGCAGACUUGAUGGUGGACUCUCGGUUAAUCUUGGGAGCAACUGUCCUCCAAGACUGGAGGAGGCCUCGUCAUCUCCACACGAGGAUGACAUAGAUGAGGAUUUAAUAUGGGCACAGCUGCUGAGUUCGCGUUCAGCUGGUUUCCUUAUGGGAGCUUCAUGUGGGGGAGGCAACAUGAAAGUGGUAGAUGAGGAGUACAAAUCUCAGGGAUUGAGACCAAGACAUGCUUACUCAGUAUUGGAUGUUCAAGACAUUGGUGGGUUUCGGUUGCUAAGGCUCCGUAACCCCUGGGGUCAUUACUCGUGGCGUGGGGACUGGUGUGACGAAUCUCCCAUAUGGACGACUGAGCUAAAAGAGAAGCUCAUGCCACAGGGUGGUAGUGAUGGCGUCUUCUGGAUCUCAUUCCCGGAUGUUCUCAAGUAUUUUGACUGCAUUGACAUCUGCAAAGUACACAGCAAUUGGUCAGAAGUUCGUGUGACUGGGACCUUGCCUUCAUUGGCUGAUCGCCGAGCACUCACACCCACCCUCAUAACAGUCCUUGAACCUACUGAAGUGGAGUUCACUUUGUUUCAGGAAGGACACAGAAACUCUGAAAACUCCCAAAGAUCUCCAUUGGAUUUGUGUGUGGUGUUGUUCCGCACUACAACUACGGCAACACCGACAGUUGGAGCACUUGUGAAACACUCCAAACGCCAGGUGCGCGGCUUCGUUGGCUGCCAUGCCAUGCUUGAGCCUGGGGCAUAUAUUGCUGUGUGUUUGGCAUUUAAUCAUUGGCAUACAGGACUAGAUGUCUCGGAUGGCUACCCUGGCUAUGUGCUUGCAAUUCAUAGCAGCAAACGUGUAGCAGUGGAGCAGAUCACAGCCCCAGCCUCCCUCUUAGCUGAUUCUCUAAUUAAUCUGUGCCUGGCAAAGGGGCAGCGUCACGAGGGUCGACAAGGCAUGACAGUUUACUAUCUAACCAAGGGCUGGGCAGGGCUGGUGGUAAUGGUGGAGAACCGUCACCCUGAUAAGUGCAUCCAGGUGAUGUGUGAUUGCCGUGAGAGCUACAAUGUAGUCUCCACACGUGCCCAGCUCAAGACUGUGGAUUCUGUUCCCCCACUUCACAGGCAGGUGAUAAUUGUGCUGACGCAACUGGAGAGCAGUGGGGGCUUCAGCAUUGCGCACCGCCUCACCCACCGCCCCUCUCACUCCGCCGGUCUCCAUGACUGGGGCCCACCUGGAACUAACCAUGAUCCAGCGAUUGAUGGACUCACUCAUGGCCUUCAUUCUCCCAGACCCAUAUGAGACUGAAUUACUGUUUGACCGCCACUGCACCCUAUGUUGAUAACCCAUGUGGAUCUUUUGACGGAUGCUUCCCAAGACACACCUGUGGUGGAUAGCUCACUUGGCCCAGACUUCCUAACCCCCCGCUCCCCCACUAUGUGAUAUUUGUCUUUAUGGUAUAUGGUCAGCAGAGGAGGUUUGUAAUGUUGAUGUGCUUAGGCUCUUUAUUUAAAAAAAUAUUUAUAUCUCGGAUACUAUUAUAUUUGGCUGCCAGUUAACUUUAGCCCAACAAAAUUCUGAAGGAGGAAUCAAAAUAACUUAGCAUUGAAUAAGUAUUGCAUUGGCUCUUUAAUACUGGUCUUACACAAUUGGUAUUUUGGCAGCAUUCACCCUAAAUGAUAUCCUUGUGUACAAAAAAUUUCCUUAUACUUUUAUAUGGUAAGUUGUGUAUAUUAAGCAAGCCUUAACUUGGUGUAAGUGAAUUGACAGGGUAUCAUUCAAGGCACUGAAGGUGUAUUUUAGUGAUGUGUGUCAAAUAUAUUACAAUACCAGCAGUAAGAGAAGGAUGUAAUUGUGAAUAUUUUAAUUGUAAGAAAUUAUAACAGAUUAAGCGAGAUGAUUUUUCCAGUGAUUGGCUACAACCAUGUUGCCUGAGAUUCACAUGAUAUAGUGCAAGACAUAAUAUUCAUAACUUAACGUUUAUCAUUUCCUGGGAAGGGGCCGUCUUUCUGCAUUUAGGACUGUGAUAGGAGACGAAUGAAGCAUGCAGCCUUAAUCUGCACAACUGUCUCGUACGUGUUGUCCCUCGGGCUACGCACUUCAGACAUCAACUGCCAUUGUACAUAUGAGAAGUGCUGUAGCCUAGCACGGUAUCUGUAGCCGUUACAUGCGUGUGUGUGUGUGUCAGUGCGGUAGAUUACGCUUUUCUGCCACAUUAACACUGUGAGGUGUGUGGUUCACAUCAUUUUAUGUGGUUCAUGGUUCAUACCCAUCUCUUUCCUCAUCAUAAUGUUUUGACUGUUAUAAUAUACUUAUUUUUUUAACAUUGAUGAGUAAAGUACAGUAAUUCAGUGUACAGUCUGAAUGUGAUCACUGUAUUUUUUCAGUUUUCAAGUGUAUUUAAUGAUGUAAUUGUGUAAUUUAAUUUAUUUUAUACUCUGUGAACAUGUAUAUAUGUAUGUGUGUGUAUGUAUGUAUAUGUAUGUAUGUAUGUAUAUAUAUAUAUGUGU